UAAUUCGGUUUUUGUUAGCAUUCGCACGUUGUUUUUUUUUGUUGGAUUGAUCAAUUUAAUUAAAAGAUGAGUAAAAAAGCAGCGACAAAUGCAGCCAAAGACAAAUUACGCGAAAUGCAAUGCAAAUUCAAUCCACUCUCCCGCAGCGAUGGUUCCGUGAUGUACAGCCAGGGCGCCACAGUUGUGAUUGCCGCCGUGCUGGGCCCGAUUGAGGUGAAGACCCAGAACUUGAGCAUCGAAGGUAGCUACUUGGAGUGCAACUACCGUCCCAAAGCCGGCUUGCCACAGGUAAAGGAGCGCAUUCGCGAAGCAGCCAUACGAGAUGUCCUCGAACUAGCGCUCCUCAGUGAAGCCUAUCCUCGAUCAAAAAUGUCGCUGCAGGUGCAGGAGCUUGAGGAUCGUGGAAGCACAGACGCGUGCGCCUUGAAUUCAGCCUGCCUGGCCUUGCUCAUCGGUGGCCUGCCCCUAAAGUAUAGUUUUGCCGCUGUGCACUGCAUCAUCAAUGAGCAGGGUGAAUUUGUGCUCGAUCCGGAGCUGAACGAGACGUUGCGUCAGCAGGCCAGCUUUACGUUCGCCUUCGACUCGGUGGAUGGCAAUCUGCUUCUGGUGCAAACAAAGGGCGCCUUCAAGAUCGCCCAGUUCAAUGACAUCGAAUGCAUCUGCCGAGCAGCGAGUGCCCAAAUCUUUGACUUCUAUCGCAGUAAUCUGGCCAAAUAUCAUGGCAGGAGUGCGGAGAACGACAGCAGCAGCACGGAUCUACCCAUGGAAACGUGAUGGGUCCUAAAUUUAAGUUUGAUUAAACCUAGCCUCCAGCCUUUAUUGUGUCCACAUUCAA